GGCGCUGGGGCGGAGGGGGCCAUGGCCGCCCUGCGCUCCCUGCUGCGGUGGCGCCGCCGCCUGGGGCCCGCUCCCGGCGCUCCGCCGGCGCGGCGGCUGUGGGGCGGCGGCGGGGCCGGGCCGGCGGGGCCGCGGCGGUGGCGGCGGGAGCUGGGCUGGGCGGCGGCGGGGGCGGCUCUCGCCGGGUUCGCGGGGUACCGGCUGUCCGAGCGCCGGCGGGAGCCCUCCCGGGAGCCGGCAGGGGCCCGGGCGCUGCUCCCUAUCCCCGUGGCGGCCGCUGCCAAGGAGACGGUUACAGAAAGCAGAUCAGACCUUGAAGAUUUACACCUUUAUGCAACUCCUCGGGAGCAACGUUUUCGUAUGUUUGCCAGUUUAGAAUUUGAAGGACAGCUAUAUAUGACUCCACAUGACUUCAUUCAGGCUGUUACAAGUGAUGAACCCAAACGUGCUAAAAAGUGGAGAUCCCUUUCAAAGCAGGAACUGAAUGAGAUCCUUAUGGAGACACCACCAGUUUGGAAAGGAUCAUCCAAACUUUUCCGUAAUCUUAAUGAGAAAGGUGUGAUAUCUUACACAGAAUAUUUAUUCCUCUUAUGUAUUUUAACAAAGCCACAUGCAGGUUUUAGAAUUGCUUUCAACAUGUUUGAUACGGAUGGCAAUGAGAUGGUGGACAAAAAGGAAUUCUUAGUGCUCCAAGAGAUCUUCAGGAAAAAAAAUGAGAAGAGAGAAAAACGAGGAGAUGAAGAAAAACGUGCAAUGCUGCGUCUUCAACUUUAUGGAUAUCAAACUUCUACUAACAGUGUUCUUAAAACUGAAGGAGAGGACCUUGUCCCCCGAAGCUACUGGGAUACUUUGAGACGUAGCACAAGCCAAGCACUCUUUUCAGACCUUGCAGAGCGUGCUGAUGAUAUUUCAAGUUCACUGUCAGAUACUACACUGCUUGUACACUUUUUCGGCAAAAAAGGGAAAGCUGAACUGAACUUUGAAGAUUUUUAUAGAUUUAUGGAUAACCUACAAACUGAGGUUCUCGAGAUAGAAUUCCUUUCCUACUCUAAUGGGAUGAACACAAUCAGCGAGGAAGACUUUGCCCAUAUUCUUUUGAGGUAUACAAAUGUGGAAAAUACAUCAAGUUACCUGGAAAACAUGCGCUGCAGUAUUCCAGAAGAAAAGGGUAUCACCUUUGAGGAAUUUAGAUCGUUUUUCCAGUUCUUGAACAAUCUAGAAGACUUUACAAUUGCAAUGCAAAUGUAUAAUUUUGCAAGUCGUUCCAUAGGUCAAGAUGAAUUCAAACGUGCUGUGUAUGUAGCCACAGGUGUGAAGCUUUCACCACAUUUGGUGAACACAGUGUUCAAGAUUUUUGAUGUCGACAGAGAUGACCAGCUGAGUUAUAAAGAAUUUAUUGGGAUUAUGAAAGACAGACUCAAUCGAGGGUUCAGGGGCUACAAACCUAUACAGAGGUAUACCACUUUCAAAUCCUGCGUGAGGAAGGAACUCUAUAGCAGAUAAAUGACGGAGACUCCAAAGUAUGGUUGGAAGGAAUAUUACUCUUGUGUGAUGACUGUAACCAGUGAACAUCUCAGAGAUCUGUGGAAGCAAUUUCGGAGACAAGAUAUGCUGAGAUAAAGGAAGGAAGAAGAAUUACCUGCACUGGCUAGAAAUACUUAUUCCUAUGAAUUCCUAAUGAAGAACAAACUAACCCAGGUGAAUUGUGAAUCUUCCAGCUGCAGCAGAAAAUACAGGACUUCUUUUCCACUUAGUGUAGUGAUCACCAACUCUUAAAACUGCCUUUCAGUAUGUAUUUUAUUUAAAUGACGAACUAACUAUUACCUGAGUGACAGAAGUCUUUUUUUUUAAGAACACCUUUUGAGUAUUAUUUUUUUAUUAUUUUGAGAUAAGUUUGUCAUUUAAAAAAAAUGCCUGGGUAGGAAAAUGUUUUGGCAAUGAAGAGAAACUCCCUGCAUCAGCUUAGACUGUGAAUUUGCUUUCAGAAGAGCACUACUAAAAAUUUGUGCUAAACUGAAAAUGAGAAUGCAUUAAGUAGCAUAACAAUUAUGUAUGAGUUGAAUGGACAAAUUAAACUCUUAGGAGCUGUUAUUUUAAAAAGAGUAAAGCUGUUAUGGUUAUAAUGUGAAUGAUAGGUAUUUACCUAGGAAAAGUACUGUAUGAACUAUAAUGUUCAGAUUCUCCGAGUCUUAUUAUUAUGUCUAUUAAUUUAUCCUUUUGAAAAAUAAUAGGGAUUUUAUGAUGUCUUAAAAGCAGUACGUCAAAGAAAAGUCAAAAUGUUCAUAUUCAUGUUAAGUAACAGAUACUUUGUAAUAUUUAUUAUAAAUUUUAUUGCCAUACACUGAUAUGUUUCCAGUAGAGUAAAACUUCAUGUGUUUCUUGUGAAUAGUGCACCUUUGUAUGAAGCGGCACUGAGUAGAAAUUAUAGUUGUCUAAUUUGCUACUCUGGAAUGCAGUAUCUGAAAACAAAUAACUUGUGUUUGUGUCAAACAAAAGAGCAAAACAAAACAUGAUUGCAUGCAGCAGUAUGGAAAAACAUUAAGUAAUAUUAUUUGAAUACCACAUGUGAAACAUCAGACAUAGAUUAGGCUGUAUAAAGGUUGUGGAGAAUACAGGCCAUCAGUAGCCACUACGAUCUGUCAUGCCCUCUAGGUUUAAAUGUUACUGAAACAGUGGUAUGGACACUGUUAUAUUGGUUUUUCAUAUUCUCUAAGUUUAUCAUUUUCUAUUCAACAACAGCAUUUUUCCUUACUCCCUUCCAAGAUUGUCAGGAGGUAUGAAUUCAGUGCAAACAAAGAAGAACACAUAUUUUUAUACCCUUCUGGAAAAGGUUCACUGGACAUUGAAUAAUUCUGUAUCUGUCCUGGAACAAUCUGUGCCUUGAAAUCUUUCUAGCUGAAUACACACACACCCACACUAAAAUGUCAAUAAAUUGUUAUCAGAAAGGCAAAUACUUGGUAGUCACACAAUCAAAACAGAACCAAAAUAAUAGUUUUAAAUAUCUAAUUACCCCAAAUAUGUGAAAGCAAACUUUUUAAAAUUUUAUUCAGUGCACAUGUUGCUAAAAUACCAUCUUAGAUCUUAUAUCACAUGUGACUAGAUGUGUAGCAUUUGUGUAAGUGGACCUAAGUUUAGAAAUGUUUAAUUUAUAGUAAGAUUCAUCUCUGGUAAAAAAAUAAAAACAAAAUAAGAAGGAAGUUUUUUUUAUUAAGAAAUUCCACACUGGGAAGUCUAGAAAAAAGUGUGCUAGGUGGUGGCUAAAAACAACAAGCCAGUUUAGAAAACUAUUGAAGGAUGAUACUUUAAGUUAAUAUUUCAUGAUAAAAACUUGCAAAAUUUCAACCUUGGUGUCUUUAAGCUACUUACAACAACAAAAAAAAAAUCAAAUAAAUUGGGAUAAAGGUUCUUGAAUUGACACAGCAGAACACAUACAAGCUGCAAUCCCUGUGUGAUCAUGUAGGGAAUCAACUGUAUUCAGUGUAUUGUCUUGGUACGCAGAACUGUCUCACUGCUUCUUGUCAGCAUGUAAAAAACCCAGUUUGCUUCUUCAGUGAUGAAGGACAAAAAAAAGGGAAGAAAUGAUAGGGAGUCAUUGAAGGGCUCCCAUCUUUCUGUUUUGUUUACUACUGCCCACUCACAGUGAUCCUUCCCUUGGAGGAAGCAGCAGUACCAUCACCAUUUUGAUCCUCCACUACCCUAGGCAAUAGUGCACUUUGCAUUUAUGGCUGACUUGAGACAAUUUUGGCAUUUUUCUAUAUAUUUCAUAACUGUAGUCACUUAAUAUAAACUAGAAUGUGAAAGUGUCAGAUUAGUUUUUAAGAAUAUUUUUCCUCAUGUUUAAUAAUGUUAUUUAAUAUAAAUAUCAAUAUAUACCUAUAAUGUUGUUUAUUUCAAAAUAAAUGCACUUGAAACUAAUUUUCUUUGCAGUAUAUGUCAUUCAAAUUCUUUUGUCAUAAAAUAAUCUUUAUUUUGGUAACACAAAAUGUGUAAGCACUUUGAAUUAGAGCAUCUCACAAUCACAAAAAAAUAAACUUGUUUUCUUCUUUUGGUCAUCUCUUUAGAUAGCUUUGCUUUUCUGCCGCAGAAUUCUGUAUAAAAGAGCUGGAAUGCAAGGACAGGUGAAAACAAGGCAGGGCAAUGGCACAUGCCAUCUGCUAUAGAGGCACCCCUUGGAUAGGCAGCAGUCACUGUGCUCAGUAAAUUCGUAAAUUAUUCAAAAUCUGCCAAAUUCCUGGCAGCAGAGAAAAUGUGUAUGCUGCCGUGAAGUCAUGUGAAAAGUUGUGUAAAUUAAGGCUUUUUUUAAAACCAGCUCUUGUUCUCCUCCGUAAGUUAAGAAAACUGUAAUAGUGUAAGUGGAUAUUUAGAGGAUGCUUUAGGAACUGCCCACUGAUGCCCAGACCAGCUGGGAUAAAAUGGGAGCAAGUAAACCUGCAGCUUUGGGUAGCUUUGUGAUACUAACUUUUGCCUGCUCUGAUGAAUUCCUAGUUCCUGGCAGAAUAUCCAGUACUACAAGCUCCUUCCUGCUAAUCUUCAGAUAUUAAAGAUUACACUGGCAGUUUCCUUCCUUGCUCAUUUUGGCAGUAAGUUGAUACAAACUACUUCCACUGCAGAUUCUUGUGUUGUGUGACAUGGAAAGCUAUCAGCCUGAAGAAAAAGAAACACUACUGAACAGUAAUUUGCAGAAUUUUGUUGGUAAUACUGCCUGGUCUCUAUAGUUAUUUGAUCUCUUCUUGUCCACCUAAAUAAUGGAAUACAAGUGCAUUGAAAUAAAAGUGGAAAAAAUUA